AUGUUCCAGGGGGUGAAUGGUUUCGGGGGGGGAGGAAGCAAGGCGUCUUCAGGGUUUGGGCAAUGGUACCUGGACAUGCAAGACGCUAAGGAGGAGGAAACGGGUGACGUGGAAGACGGGUCGGCGCCGGGUUGGCGAUUCUGGCAAGCCAAUGAAAAGAAGACGGACGGGCAGGCGGCGCAGGCACUUCUGCCGGGGUUCCUGCGAAACGAGGCGGCCGCUCCUGACACAGAUGCGGUAAUCAUGGGCAUGUCGUACCAGCAGAGAUUCAAGGGCUUUGUCGUAUCGUUGCUGCUAUCCGUGGCCUUCUUCGUGCUCGCGUUUGUGAUCGGGCUCCCGAUGAUCAUGCUGAGGCCGCACAAGUUCGCGUUGACCUUCACGCUGGGGAGCUUCUUCUUCAUGGGCAGCUUCGCCAUGCUAAAGGGGCCUGUCGCCCACCUGAAAUCAAUGCUGGCACGAGAUCGGCUCCCGUUCACGGUGGCGUACGUGGGCUCCAUGGGGGCCACCCUGUACGCGUGCCUAAUCUUGCAGUCGUACAUGAUGGUGGUGACCUGUUCGGUCAUCCAGCUCCUCGCUCUGGCGUGGUAUUUUUUGAGCUUCGUGCCGGGGGGCAGCCAAGGGAUGAGGUAUUUCUUGUCGGCGAUUCACAAGACGGCGCGAUAUACCCUCCUGCCUUGCAUCGAGGGAUGUCGAAAAACGCUGUGCUUUUGUCUCAGCCGCGGCGGGUCAUGACCCCGCCCGCCCCCUGCCCCCUGUUAGGACAUAAAUAACGUAGAGAAUAGUUCUGCAUGUAGCGACCGUCGCCGACAUUAGAUCUGAAUCUUCGCAUUGAGCUACUUCCGGGUUGUCGCGAGGCGGUAGGGAUUGGUGCAACAGGUGUUAAGUGUCGUCGUCAUGGGUGCCUAGAUUUCGGUCCUAUGGUUGCGCCGCGGCAAGCAGGAAGGUGACGCGACAAUGCGCCGCACGCCAUUGUCCGGUGCGCCAAGGGAGGGAUGAAGGUGGUGCACACGAUGGAGCCUACCGGUCCAGCCUUUCUUGUCUGCUGCUCACGCGCUCGUGCUGGUGCUGGGGAUCACGAUUGGUUGUCAAGAAGCUUACUAUACGUACCGACUGUCACCGUUUUGGGCACUUGCUGAAUUUCGUCGCAUGUGGCCGUUCAGGUGGUUGUGGUUGUGCUCACUGCUGCUGCUGCUUUUGGGAGGUAUCAUGAUGACUGCAGUUAGACUACGACUUCAGGGGGGGGCUUGCAACAGGAGAAGUACCCUUGGUAGUUGGUUCCCGCCUACCUGCCUACCUGCCUGCCUUGCUGCAUGUGUGUCUCAUUGUGUUUCCUCUCUAAUGAAUGAAUGGGGCGAAAUAUGUUCAGUUUCUUGGGUAAGUGUUAAUAUCAACACCCGUAGCUUGUGUUUUUUUGU